AUGAAGACUUUUCUGGGUUUGAAAGGGCUCUUUGUCCUCCUUUCCUUGGUAUGGACUUGUGCCGAAGACUGGUCAGCCAUUAAAGUACUAUGCAGCUCCACUCGGCUCUUAGUCCAGGUCACACCGACGCUAUUUCACAAUUGGUAUAUGAACCCUGAAGAAGCAUUUUUAGGACAUAACUGCCCCGUGACCCGCGUAACUCCAGAUGGCUUCUAUGAAUUCUACUACUAUUGUCAUCAAUGUGGCAUCCUAAUUCAUAAGACGGACAAUAAUUGUUUUCGGCUCCAAACUAAAAUCAAAUUCAUCGCAAGUAACUCUAGCGUCCAAGCUGAAAUACCCGUGACAUGUGUUUACCACAGUCGGCGUCCUACAAGUGCAAGAGGAAGGGACAUCUCUGAAGGUGAUGAGGAUGCACUAAACUGGCAAGGAAACCCACUUUGGCAGCCAAAUAUGUAUUCAAGGUAUGUCCUUGACAAGAACAUGGUGUGGAUUUGUAUUCAGGUGAGAAGCACCGAUACUUUGGGUGAACCAGCAUUGGCUGCCAAUCAGUCACUGCUCCUGCAGGAAUAUCAGGCUUGCCAGACAUGUCAUAGGCUUUAUAAUGCAGGUGACAUCAUUUUUACAGCCUGA